AGGAACUCAAUAAGUCUUGAUUGCGCCUGUACGUACUUUUUAGUAGCGUCUUACUGAGCAGGUGAUACGAACUUGCUGUUUGUGUCGUUGUUUUAGCUUGUCACGCAGGCGUUGCGCGUUGUUUCUGCCCCCUGUUGUUGCCCGUGCCCUCCUUUUUCGUUCUCUUACCCCUAACUCCGUGUGCUACACCGACAGUCGAGUGCCGCUACCAAAAUUCGCGUACACUACGUCCAACCGUUGUUGACUCUCUCUCACUUUCUCUUUCGCUGCCAGCUGCGCACCGCGCAGGUUAAUUCCCUCCAAAAUAAAAAUGUCGCACCUUUUCAGCCGCACGUACAAGGCGCCACCGGCGCGGAUGACGCGUAAGGCCGGUGUGGAGGCGACGGACGCCGGCAUCCACGUCGAAGAGGCGCCGGUGACAACGCGGACGUGCCACAGCUGGAGUUGCUACGACCAGACCGCCGAUGAGACGGUGGUGGUCGCCCUGCACGUUCACCAGUCGUUGCAUGUGGAGGUGGUGGGCGCUGGUGGCGACGGCACAGGUGGAUCGCGUUGCACAACAGCGCAGCGGUCUUCGUCGUCGUCGCCUUCGAAAAGUGGGGGCAGCCCCAACAAUACUACCGCAACUACCAACGACGAUGGCAACCCCGACAACCAAGAAGGGCUGUGUGGGUACACGUGGGAGCUGACGUGGCUGCCGAGCCCUUCGCAGUCGGGCAUGAACUCCUCCUGCCCUGCCACACCGACCUCUGCGCGCUUCACCUUCCCGCGUGCGACGCCACUCGCCCACUCGACGGUUCGAGGCAGCGGAGGCGUGUUGUUCUUCUCCAGUCGCCGUGUGCUGAUCGCGACGGAGGCGACAGAAAACGACGGGGCAAGGACGGGUACCUCUGCCCUACCGCAUGUGUUGCUGGACAGCUUCGUCGUGCAACGACAGCCGUGUGCGGCCACCACAGCAACCACAAAAGGAAUAUCCUCUUCGGCGUCGCAUCAAUGGCGGCGUGUGGCGGGGGCGGUACGGCUGCCCUGCCCACUCGCGGCUCCCUUCACUCCGACUGCUGGUCCUGCUCGUGCGACUCCUCUGCUGGUUUACGGUGUGCAGGUUCCCUCAACGACUGCCAGCAGCAGCAGCACGAACGGAGUCCAGAUGCGGGUGCUGUACGUCGCUGCCAUCUCCACUUCCAUCUCCGCGUCAAACGGCCGUGGCAGCGAACAAAGUGUGCUGGUGGGCGUGGCAGACCUGUGGGAGACGCCGGACACACCCGCCGAUCCGCCAGCACCGUUGCAGUGCGUGCCGCGGCAUACCGUGAUGGAGUCGCCGCUGCAGUUGGCUCUUUCCCUCCCCAGACCCCGCAACACACACGCACCACUUUCCAGUAGCGCUGCGGCGGCGCUCCCUCUCCGGCCGAGCGACCUUCUUUGGGUGUACGUGGCAGACGUCGAGCGAAACCGGUGGGCAGGUGCGCGUGGCACACAACUGUACGGCAGCCUCGUCGCGGUCCUCCCAUGCCUGUCGGAUAGCGCGUUGUCAGCGUCAUCAGCCGCGACUUCAGCAGGGACUUCCCCAUUAAGUCGGCUGCUCCCCGCGGUGCCGUGCUCCGGCUUCCGCGCGGCGUCGCUGCACGGCGUGUUGGGAGUUGUGAGUCAUGAACUGGAUGUCCUUGCAAAGGAGCAGGCCCUUCGGCAACACCGCGCUGACCGCAAUUCAGGAGGGCGUUCGUUCGCGGUGGAUGAGGAGGAAACAGUCAUCGCACAGCUUCUGCCCUCCUCGGAGUGCAGCGUCUGCGAAGUGGAGAUCGGCCCUCCUGUGGAAUCAGUCCAAGCGGCUGCCUCGACAGCGCAGCUGCCGCCGUACACGAGCGUGCUGCUGUUUGUGUUUGACGGCGUGGUCGCGCGUGGGUCGGUUCAUGCGAAGCAAGGGCUGUACACCACCCAGACACCGCCGUGGAAUGAAGCGGCAAGUGCGGGUGCUGCUUCGGUUGCAGUUGUUCACCGUGUCCCCCUCGCCCGGACACUCUGGCGCGGCUUAACGCCUGUGGUGCCGACCUCCGCGAAGGCAGCUCAUCCAGUUUACAGCGCCGCUACAGGCAACACAGCUGCAGCACCCCCGGCAGCCUACUCCACCACAAACAAUGCAGACGUUAUGGAGGACCUUUUCUCAUGGGCGUUGACGGAUUUGGAUCGCUGGGCAGAAUUCCUGGCCGCGGGCAGCAGCGCCUCUCACGCGGUGGCGAACACGCCAAGGGCAGGCACCUGCGCUGAUGCAAUCGCGGACGAGAGAGAGGCGGGAGAGGAGGAGGAGGAGAGCAUUGACGCAGAGGGCGAAAUGAUCUCUUCGUCUCCUCCGUCCGUCGCCACAAACACGGCGGUCGAGUUUGUCGCCGCGGCCACCGCCAGCGUCGCGUGUUGUCUGCCGAAGAGGAACGCCCUUACGAGCGAGUUAAAGGUGUGGUACUACGUCUCGGACGGCAUGGGUGGACCAGAAAUACGUGCAGGCACUGGAGCAACGACCUCCGGUGUUGCCGCCCUCCCUGUUGCAGCUGCUCCGGCGGCCGCGGCGGCGACGGCGGCGUGUCUUCCGGCGCCCGGCACGGAGGACUGGGAAGCGCACGUGGCGGAGUGGACUGUGUCUCGCUGUCUUCAUUCUCCGCUUGCUUCGUCCACCAGGGCAGAGGACGCAGACGCCGUGGCCAUUGUGUCCACGUACAAGGUACUGAAGAUGUUGUGGGCGCACGCGCUGCUGGGCACCAUGGGUGCGACGCACGGUCCUCCUCCUCCUCCGCCUGCCUGGCCGCAGGUAUUAAUGAAUGUGCUGCACGACACGGCGGCCGACGCGGGUCGGCACCGCACACGCCUCUACGUCUACGCCCGCGCUGUCGCAUCUCUCGUCUCCGCGGGUCUUGCGUCGGGCAGCAGCGGCAGCAGCAGCGGUAACAGUGCCCGCAGGGAGGCGGAGCUAACCCACAUGCGUGCGGCAGCCGUCGUGUUCCUGCGUCUCGUUCUGCGUACGCUGAUCGAGCUGGAUUGGCGCGCCGGCGAUGUGGAUGGACGGCGGUGUGGGCAGUGGAUGGCGCGGUGGUUUCUCGGGGAGGCCGCCGCCGUGCCGCAGCCACGCCGCAGCCGCAGCACCGUCGUCGCCGCCGCGGAGGAAGAAGAAAGCGAGAAUGAAAGCGGCACAAGGACGCUUUUGGCGGAGGGACGGGCGAUGCAGGUGCUGAUGCAGCUCGGAGCGUCGGAGGAGGUCCUGGCGUGGCUGCGGCGGAUGGUGCUUCUCUACACGUGCCGCUGCUGCCAGCGACCGCUGGAGCUGACGCUGGCGGACGUGGUGGCGGCUGCGGGAGUUGACCUGGAUGCGCCGGGUGAAGAAGGAAAAGCGGCAGAAGAGUCGUCGCGUGAUGGGUGGAGCGAUAGCGAAGACGAUGGUGCUGACGAAGAAGCACGAGCAUCGCCGGCCGGUCCUCUGCCACGGAAAGCGCACAGUGAAGCCGACAUGGCGGAGUGGCAGGCAUCGAUGGAAUACGCGUUGCUGCGCAUGGCGCGGCCCGCGGCGCUGCAUCGCCUCCUGCACGACCUCUCCUGCACCACAAACAGUCGUUUUGUUACCGCCGCCGUCGCCGCCGCCGUACCUGUGAAGGCGGUCAUGCUGCACGGCCUCCUCACUGUGGCGGAUCUGCACUCACUGGUGGGUGUUGGGUGGACCGCCGCCCAGAUCCACGAGGCGGCGCCGCUCGGCUUUAGCUUCGUCUGCCUCCUCGUGGAUGUCGCGAUGCGGGUGACCACCGGCACAUCGGCGAGCACCGCGGAGGGCUAUGAGACGCUUGUUGCUGCGGCGCUGGAUGCGUGGGAGGGAGGGGAGUGCCGCGGUGCGUCUGCCGCCUCCAGUCCGGGCGUGCGCGUGCCUGUGUAUCCGCUGCUGUCCCUCUGCGACUCUGCCACGGCUACCUUUCCCUUUCCCUUCUCCCUCCUUCCACCCUUACUCACCGUGUAUGUGUGGUAUCACGUGGUGGACCGCCUAUGCAGAGCCCUCAAACUGCUGCCGCAGCCGUUAACCGAGGCGGGCGUGCGCUACGGAGAUGAGGACGAGGAAGAUGAUGAAGGCUUGUCUGUGUGGUCGAAGCGCGGCGGCACGGAUGCGCCUCAGCUCAAAGGGCUGCAUCGUGGGCUCUGCGUGCUGCGCUGCCUUACACAGGACAACCCUUUUUGCGCAGAAGAACUGUUCGCCGCCAUGCAGCUGGUCUACCCAUCCUGUUUGGAGGAGCAUCACGGUGGCGUGGAAGAUGGGGGAGGUAGUAAGGAGAGCGAGCUAACAGCAUCACCAUCUUGGUGUGCACAGUUUCUUGCUGCCUGGCAGCAUCUGUUGCCCCUCGGGGCCCCUCCGUUGAGUGAGCAAGACGCCGCCGCGACCUAUCGAGAGCGGUGCUUGGCCCGCAGCCCUCGCUUCGCGGAUCUCAUGCGCGUGCUGCAUCUUGUCUACGCAAGCGCCGGCAGCGGACACGUACUGCGCGCGCAGCUGUGGCGUGCCACCGCCGGACCGGAGACGGCGUCGCAGCAGCGGGAGACAAGAAGUGCCACCGCCCACACACGCUCGCAGGCGCAGUUGGAGCAUUCCCUAACAACCUGGUUGAUCGAUGCGGCGGUGCGUCAGGCGAACACCGCCACGACGGCCCUCGCAUCGCAGGCAGGCGAUCGCGCCACUUUGUCAUCGGAUCUUGUGGCGCCGUGGUUGAUCCAACUUGUGGCGCACGUGUUGCUGUGCGACUCGGCGGCCGUAACGGACGUUGGUGUCCAUGAGCAGCUGUACGCUGCCCUGGCCCAGGUGAGGCAAAAGGUCAGCUCGGCCACAAUGGGGGCCGCUGCUGCUGCUUCUGCCAAAGUUGCCCUCGCUCUUUUGCGGCCGUGUCUGAUGUACGCGUACCCGCUGCUGCUCCAACUCGCCCUCGCUGAUGAACUCGCAGGCGAUCCACCCAUUGGCGACGCCGUCUCUGCACCGGCUUCGCACGGAGGCACGAGAAACGGGACGUGUGAACCGACGCGGGAGCGCUUCUUGCAAUUCAACGAACCUCUCAUGUGGCGCGGUGCGACAGGAAGGUCGCCGGACAGCCCACGGCAGGGGCGAGAGCUGGAGCAGCUUUGCGCUGGCGAGGUGUGCGAACGUGCCCGGCGACUACUGGGCCGCAUCGUGGGACUGUACGACGCACCGAUGAAUACCUCCCUCCGCACCAGCAGCAGCAGCAGCAGCGGCGGUGCAGACCGUCGGUUCCGCGUCCUCGCGUUGUUGCUGCCACUGCAGCCCUCUGUCGUGGACCUCGCAGUGCGUCAGCGACGACUACUUCGAUGCAGCGUCGAGGCUUCGCAGCAGCAACAACACCACGUUCCACCGGGCACGUCCACGCGGACGCACGCAUCGGAUGACGAGCGCGCGGCCUUUACGGCACCGCCUCUCGACUCGACGUCUUCCGCCAUUACCACAGAAACCUCUCGCAGCAGCAGCAGCAGCACUGAACGCGUCGAAUCGGGUACGGAGGACGCGUUGGAGCUGGCACACUUCUACCUGUCGUCGAUGGCUGCCUAUUUCAUGGCAGCGUCCGCCUCACUAUCGAAGCCACCUCCGCAGCCACAGCAGCAGCAGCGGUCCCUAAGGCAUCUGGGUUGGUUUACGGUGGGCUGCGAGGUGAUUCGACGUGAGCUGCGCACGUACGUGAUAACGGAGCUGUUGCUGGCUCGAUGCAUUCAAUGCCGCAACGACGCACCGUCGUCGACAGUGGAAGCGAAGGAGUGGUGCCUCGUGGCGUCUGCGCGAGAGCUGAAGGCCUUUAUUAACGCGCUCGGUGACGCAAUGGAACCGGUGACGCAGGCGCUGGUGGAAGGGCUUAAUUUUCCGCUUUACCACUCCGUCGUGCUGCUGCUCGUCUUCGAUCUUCUUCAUCAACUUUUCCUUGUCGAAGCGAGAGCGGGCACGCAGCGUGCAGACGCCGUCGGGUUUGCGCGACAUUCCACCACGGCUAUUCGUGCCGAUGCCUCUCGCGCUCAGCUGGUGCGGCGGUGGAUACACCACGUCGUUGCUCCCCUGUACCGCGACCUCGCCGUGGAGGAUCAGAAAACGGUGUUGCUCGUCCUGUCAAGCGACUUCGUCGAGGAGUACCUGCAGGAGAGCGGUGAACGGACUCGUGGCAGCGGCAACGCAACGCAGCGGCAACCGAGUCCACCCACAGCGAAAGAAACGAGCGUCCCCGCGUACACCGAGUCGGACGUCCAUCACGCGUGGCAGCAGUGGCGACAGCAGGGAACUGCUGCGCUCCUCCUCCCUACCCCCACAAGCUCCAAGACGGAGGCGGCGGUGCUGGCGUGCGUGGAGCAGUGCAUCGCGGAGAACAAGCGGCCUCUACUGCACCUAUCACCUUCGUUGAGGGCGCUGCCCAACGCGACUUCAACGAGGGAUUCGCGUGCUGAACCAACGACGUUUGAGGGACAGCGCAGAGACGCCAACACCGGCAGCAACAGCAACAGCAAUGGCAACGGUAACGGUGGUGGUGGCGGUGCAUCGUGGAUGGAGGCGGGCAGUGCCCUCCGUUCUACCCUCCUACACACCAUCGGCGGUAGAGCCCCUUCCCGGAGAGGGCAGCAGACCCGCAACUCCUCGACCGCGCUCUCAUCAUCUUCCACCAUUACCACCACUACCGGUGCCCCAACACCAGAUCCAGCGUCUCUCACGGAGGAAGAAAGGAAAUCACCGUUGGCGGGUCAGGCCUCGACAGAAGCUGCCUCCACAAUACAAAGAGGCCGUGGUCUUUCGGUGGCGAUGGCUGACGCGGUGGCGCACUCCGCCUCGCUGGACACGGAAGAAGCCAUCCAGCUGCUGGGUAAGGAAGAGGCUUUUUUGCGGCGUCAGCUGUCCCGUCAGCUCUUCACCGCACAGCAGCAUGACUUCUUCGCCAGCCCAGCCUUCCAGCACGCCCUCGUCGAUCUUUACCUCGCCAUGCGCGCAGAGAAGCGUCGGAAGGAGCUCGUUUCUUUUGCGCUCGAUCAGCUCGAUCUCAUCUUCGCGUUUGAAAGUCGCGCCGAACAGCUCCUGCACGGGCACUGCCGCCGCGAGCUGCGACAGGCGUGGGUGGACUACGGUGAGCGUCAACGGCUCGCCCUGCAUCGCCUGCUGCAAGAGGAGCACGAGGCGCGGAUAGGAGUGCAGGCGGUGGCCUACGCUGACCGCGCCACCCUGCUGGCAGCGGCGCAGGCGGAGCAAAAGAUAUGGAUUUUGCAAGACGAGGGUCGUCGUGGUGUGGCGCUGCUCGAGCAGGAUGCGCGGGAUGCGCUGAGCGUGGCGGCUGCGACGGCGCACGUAGAGCUCGCCCGACGGGCGGUGGAAGCGGAAGAAGACGCGUAUUGGAAGGCGGAGGAGGACGAGUGGGCUCGCAUGGAGCAGGAAGGAGGCGAGAGCGGCGUCGGAGGGGUAGCUUCCUCAACAGCACCCCAGCCGGUGAGGAGCAGCGGUGCACAAAAGGCAUGGAAGAGGAGUGGUGAUGUGGAUGCUGCGGUUGCGGCGGUGGCCUCCUCUUCGUUGCCGGCGGCCGCACUCCCUGUCCCUGCUCCCUCUACGCAACAAGACGUCGAACCGACCUCUGUAAAGGAAGACGAGAAGGAGUCGUAUUUGCAAACCGGACUGGCGCACGCUGCCACGGAGGUCGGCACGAGCAACUUAUUUGGUACGUUGUCGCGCUGGCAGACGGCGCUGCGCGAGAGAGUGGCGCCCGCACCCGCCAGCCGCAGGGCGCAGCAGCAGCAGGAGGACGAUGACGCAGAGAACACGGACGCCUCGCACGCGGCAGCGCCGUGGAGGGAUUCAUCGAUUCCACCGCUGCCUGUUCCGCAGUCGCGUGUGGCGGCGAAGACCGCGCCGAUUGGAAAAGCAGCGGACGUGGGAAAAGGAAGUAAAGAGAAGGAUGAUUGGGGCUGGGGAUCGGAUUAUGGUGGCGACGACGUGGUGGAGGUGCGGCCCAGGAAGCCCGCCGCGCACGCACACCCGCACGAACUGCCACUAACCGUUCCGCCGGUCAUACCUCUUACCUCUCGCCGCAUUCUGCCACUGCACGGCUCAGCAAACGCAGCAGCGGCGGACAACGCCACGGUGCCGUCGUGCCCACUGCGGCACCUGCGCGAGCAGCCGCCCUCGAACAAGCCAACACGGGUAAAGAGGAAAGGACUCGCCGCGACGCUGCUCGCAGAAGGGACAUCAACGACGUCGACGGAGGAGGCAGCCCCGCCCUCUCACGCAGGCGUGGCACGAUGGCACCAACUCCCACCUCUGCAAGCACUACCACGUGAGCAACCGCAGCAUACAUGCCCCGCUCAACGAACACCGCGACCCUCCAAUACGGAGGAGGCCACGCCCAACCCGGUGCGCAGCAUUCUCUCCGCCGUGGAGGCGGCCGCCACAGAAACCAUCUCCAAAAACCGGGAGGACCCUGAAACGUCGCUCUCCACGGAUCGAUCGGCAGAGGUGACGAGCGCUAUGGAGGCGCAAGACAGUCGCAUAACGACUACCGUCACAGCACAGCAGAAGACAGCAUACAGUGCGGCGUCAUGUCCAACCGACAGGUGGGCUGGCGACGGCAGCGGUGGCAAGAGCAUCCACGGCAGCGGAGAAGAAGGUGUGGAAGCCAAACUUAUGAACACAGAAGUCGAACCAGCGGCGGUGGCAGCAGCAGCGAAGAAGGUUGACCAUGUCGUUGUUUUAGAGAAGGAGGAGAGCAACAACGACAACGUGUGGGGGUGGAGCGACGAGGACGACGCAGCACACAACGCCGCCGCUGCCCAACCGGUGGUGGCGGACGAAGAGGAGAGGGAGGAGGAGCAGCAGACUCCGUUGCUGACGGCCCCGCACGGCAAAUCAUCACCGUCUCGUCCAUCAGGCGAAGCACCGGUGGAUGCGAUGAGCGGGACAACCGGGCCGGGUCAUGCGCGGUCCAUCCCCGUUAACGAGGCGCCUCUGGUAGAGGAGGAGAAGCCACAUUCAUCUGGUUGGUUCGACGCGGACGAGGGCACGUUUGGGAGCGAGAUCGUGCCCAUGCAGCAAGCCGCUGCUGCUGCUGCUGCUGCUCCGCCUCACCGUCCGUCUGCGGGCGGGACAGAAUUGGAAGACGUGCAAGUACAGCAACUGUACAUGAAGGAAUUGGAGACGCGUGAGCAGCUGCUCAACUUAGUGUAA